UCGUGUGGAUGUUGCCUUGAAAGAACUCAAACAAAUUUUGAUCUUCCUCCAUGCCGGAAACAACAAUACCACUGGCUUCGAUGAGUCUCGGCUUCGUCUUUGGCCUCGGCUUCUUCGCACUCUUUACUCUGCAGAAUAUAUCAUCGAAUCUUUCCUCCUCAACACCCAACAAAGGAGACCAUGGAUCCAAAUCCAGUUCACCUACAAAAUGAAUAAAAUUGUACGGAGCUUCAGAGAUGUAUCCACUCAAUUAUUCCCACAUCAACAUCGACCGGCAACACAAACAGACGAAUACAAUGUCCUCGAUCAUAAGAAAUUUAAUCAAACAUUCGCAACGCACGAAAAAAUGCAGCACGAUGUACUUGUUGGACGUGGAGAUGUCGAGAAGGAGUUAACAGCUCGAUUGACCGACAACGAGGAGGAGAAAAGCCUCCGUGUGAUUUCUCUGGUGAGCGAAGAAGCGCUUGGAAAGACGGCACUGGCAAGGAAUGUCUACAACAGAGUAGACAUUCGGCAGCAUUUCCAGUGCCGUGCUUGGCUCCACGUCGCCAAAGAUUUCACAUACAAGGAUCUGUUGCUUGCAAUAAUCAAACAGAUUCCAAUAUGUGGCGUAUUGGCUGACGUGGAGCUUAUGAGCGAGCACCAACUGUCGGCUUUGCUUUUCCAGAUUUUAAUGGAGCUCAGGUUUCUAAUAGUAUUGGAUGGUAUCUGCACCAAUCAUGUCUGGCUCAUGUUAGCACGUCCCUUCGCUGAUGCCGCGAAUGGAAGCAGAGUCAUCCUCACUACUCGCGACUCUAAGGUUGCAUCCGAGGUUGACCCGUGGGGUCACCCAUUGAAACUCAUGAGGUUAUCUGAUGAGGAGAGUUGGGAAUUGUUCUUGAUGGUGGUAAAUGGGGCAAAUUAUGAUAAUUUGAACAAUUUCAAGGUAGGAAUUGUCAGAAUAUGUCGCGGUUUGCCUCUAGCAAUUGUCCUGCUUGGAGGAUUGUUGUCGAGCAUACAACCGAAUGAUGAGUGGUCCGGUGUAAUUGAUCAUCUUUCGCAGUACUUGGGGGAUGAUGAUCAAUCAGUCGAUCUCUUGACUAUCGUAGCUUUAUGCUAUCAUGAGCUACCGUAUGUGUUAAAGCCGUGUUUCCUUUAUUUGACUCUCUUUCCUAAAGCGUAUGAGAUUCCUAUGCGGAGGUUGUUGCAGUUGUGGAUUGCCGAGGGAUUUAUUCAAAUAUCAACUACUACCACGACUAGUGUCCUUGAACCUGAAGAUCUGGCCAAGGCAUAUUUGGAAGAACUAGUGUCGAGAAACAUGAUUGAAAUAGCCACAUGGAAAGAACACGGAAGCCCCAAAACAUGUCGAAUGUCGAGCUUUCUUUACGAUGUCUUCUUGCCAAAAGCCGAGGAUAUAGGAUUUCUUCAAAUCCGCCAUUGCAAUUCACAUGUACAUGAGUCAAAUCAGAUUAUUCGGAGGCUUGCAGAUCAUUAUGUUGGGGUCAAGUCUCCUUUGGAGUCUCAUACUCAACAUCUAUGUUCGUUUGUUUCAUUCGAAGCCCAAAAACAAGGUACAUCUAACAGAGAAGUCGGUACAUUGCUUAACACAAUAAUCAGUAAGAGGAGAUCUAGAGGUAUUGUCCUGAUGAAAGUGCUUGACCUAGAGGGUGUCUACAAACCUUUGCUACCCGAGAAACUCGGCCAAUACUUACAGAACCUAAGAUACUUAGGCUUGCGAUGGACCGGUCUAGAAUCAUGUCCGGAAACAAUUGGGGAUCUACCAUGCUUGGAGACUUUAGAUUUGAAGUAUACUAAUAUAACCACUUUGCCGGGUUCCAUUUGGAAGGCAAAGAACCUUCGACAUCUCUUUAUGAACGAGGUGUCAAUUGCGAAGCCAUCAUCAAAAGAGUCUUCACCGACAAACCUUCAGACCUUAAUGGGGCUCCUGCUUGGUGCUAAGGACCCUUAUGAAUACGGCUUAGACUGGUUCACCAGCCUUCGGAAAUUGGGAGUAUCAUGCCAUCCAAAAUCAGCAGAGAAAACAGCCAAGUGCAUAUCAGGACUUGACAAACUCCAAACCUUAAGAUUGAGAUCAAAAGAUCGAUUUGGUCAACCUUUAGACCUCGAGUUGAGUCCUUUGAAGGACCAUCAGUCUCUUUCGAACUUGUAUUUGUUUGGAGUGAUAAAGGAUGGGAUUAAAUACCUUCCCCUGAAUCUCAAAGUCCUAACAUUGUCAAUGUCAAAACUCACAGAAGAUCCAAUGCCGGUGAUAGGGAAGCUGCUGCCUCAACUGAACGUCCUCAAGAUUCUUGCUUUCUCUUAUCUAGGGUCGGAAAUGAGAUGUGUUUCGGGGGACUUCCCUAAACUCCACGUCUUGAAAUUGUGGAUGCUAGAAAACCUAGUUCAGUGGACAUUGGAGAGAGGUGCCAUGCCCCAACUUGCGGAGUUAGAAAUUAGAGGUUGCAAAAAAUUGACAAAGUUGGAUGGAUUAGAGCACCUGCCUGCCCUGAAGGAAUUACUUUUAACAAACAUGUCGCCGGAUUUUGUUGCAGAUGUUAAAAAAAGGUUGGGAAGCAACAUUUUACUCACCAAUGAGUGGGAGCCUUCGUCCCUCGCAUGAUUAAUGCUCGCGGAUACUGGAGACUGGAAUAAAAUGCAGUUUUAAUUUGGAGUCAAGACUGUCAAAAGACUUCAAAGAGUUGAUGUGCUGCAAAAAAAAAAUGCAGCUUGUUGUAUCUCUGCUGUUCACAACACCGUUCUUUUUAUGUAAAAUACACUGCAACUCUAUUUUUAACUUGUGUUUGGCUUAAUUAAAUAAAAUUCAUUUGUAUGUUCAUGAA